AUGAUAUCGGUGGAUUACACUUCACCUCGUUUCUGCAUUUGUUCGAUUGAUAUGAGAAAUGUUCUUUUACUUGAAUACUUCGGUUUGAUUGCUUGUCAAUCGUGUCCCAAUGGAUCAAUUCAACUCCUCGAUGAACAGAAAUGUAUCUAUCCAUCAAUUCCUCUCAUCUACGCUGAGGCCACGGCCCAGUGCCAGUCAUUGAGUGGCUCGUUGGUGAAGAUCCAGAACGCAUUGGAGAACUCCUUCCUAUAUGGACAUGGAUUCGAAUUUUUCAAUGGUGACUCGCAGUAUAUUGGCGUUCGGCGAGAUGCUAAUGGAACGUGGGUUUACGAGGACGGAUCACCGCUCACAUAUCGAAAUUGGGGUCCCGGAGAACCAUCGAACACAUCAAAUUGUGCAGUCCUUGCCUCACAAACUACGCAAUGGAGAUCAGCCGACUGUAUUUUGGCAAGGCCAUUCUUCUGUGCCGUCGAUAUAAAGAGAGGAUGCCCCACCGAUUGGACCUAUGUUUCAGUCACUGACUCAUGCUAUUACUUCCAGAACACAACCCAUUUUGUUGAUGGCUCUAACUUUACCACAUAUAAUUUCACGGAUGCUGAAAUGGCGUGUCAAUCAUUGAACGCAAGAGCCCAUCUCGUUUCAAUUCAUUCAAAAGAUGAAGAUGAUGUGCUCAUCGCAACCCAGCGCAGAUUCGGGAAACCGCUUGUUUGCCAAGCGUGGUAUACAUGGAUCGGUUUACACGGGAAUGCAUUGGUUGGCAGUGUGCAAUGGACUGACGGGACUUCACUCGAUUAUAUCUCCAAUCAGUUGGACUGCAAUGUUGGCGGAUACUUUUUUUAUGCAAUCUCAUCUUGCGGUUCGAGUGAAUGGGCAUGCACGUUGAACAAGGAUACGAUAUACAGCCGAUUCAUUUGCAAGAUGCCAUCGACA